AUGAAGUCUUUAGCAUGGAACAGAUUAUUGCUAAAAUACAUUGGAAUUUGGCCACUCGAGAUUUCUUAUAUCCAUUUCCUUCUUUAUUUUCUUUAUCUUUUCUUACAUAAUUUAUUGUCAAUUAUCGAAUUGAGAAAUGGUAAAAAUGAUUUCGAAGCUAAUAUGGAAUUUUUUACGGAAAACGUAUUGCACCUAAUGGUGCUAACGAAAGUAUUGAUGUGCUGGUUAAACAGAGAAUCAUUAGGACGUUUGCUCGUCGAAGUACAAAAUAAUUUCAACGUCGACAAUUACAAUACGUUCGAGAAGAGAUUCAUAUUCAUGAAAUAUAGUAAAUUGGCGAAAUAUUAUUUUUUAGUAGCUCUAACAACAAUGAUUUGUACCACUGUAACAUAUUAUAUCCAUGCAUUGCUGCCUAAUGUACAAAUGGUGAUCAAAAAUUCAUCAUUGAGUUACAAACCACCGUACAAAACAGAAACCAUUGUCGAUAUAUACGACAUUAGGAUCUAUGUUUGUCUCUGCAUUUAUCAGGUGUUUUUAGUACCAACUAUUAUAUUAGGUUACGUUGGAUUUGAUUGUUUGUUCGCAAAUCUCGCAUUUCAUAUUACCGCACAAUUUGGAAUUCUUAGUUGUAUGCUCAGAGAAAUUCUCGAUGACUCUAAAACAUUCCAAUGUAAUAUAAGGGAACUUGUACUUCGGCAUUACAAAUUGAUAAGACAAGCAAAAUCUUUGGAAGAUAAUUACAAUGUAAUAAUAUUACAACAAUUGAUGGGAUCAACGUUUCAACUUUGUGCAUCCGGUUACAAUACACUUUUGGGCUCAGUAAACAGUCAAGCAUUGACGGUGAUGGUAUUCAAUUUUUAUGCUAUGAACACAUUGAGUACAUUGAUUACUUAUUGUUACAUCGGUGAAUGUCUUAUUCAGGAAGUAAUUAAAAUUAAUUUACGAGAUAACAGAGUGUCAUAUUUAAUUUGUUCGCCUAGUUUGAGCCUGAGCAACGCAAUUUAUCGUUACGAGUGGUAUAACGUGUCACCUAUGAACUUAAAAAUGGUUAAUAUUUGUUUGAUGCGAAUGAAAAAACCAGAACAACUUACUUCCGUUAAAUUUUUAGGUUAUAGACAACUCAAAAAUGGCGUAGUUCGUUCGCCAUUAUUUUUCAUUCUCGUUUUCAACGAUUUUUUGCACGUUGCAAAUGAAGAAACCCUAACAAUCAACUUCCGAUAA